CAUUUGCAGAUUCUCUUCGGACGCAAUGGGCUCAAGCUGCACUCUCGUGGCCGACCGCACGGAUGACGCCGUGCAAAUGCUGCUCGGCUUCAUCGCGCUGUCGUCGCUGUACGCCAAGUGGCAUUUCGAGCAGCCACGUCGGCCAGCCAAGGUCUGGUUCAUGGACGCCAUGAAGCAGGGCACGUCUGCCGCUAUGAUCCACGUAAUGAAUAUCCUGUACGCCAUCGGCCUCGUCGACUUUUCCGACACUCCCAGCGACCAGGACCAGUGCGCCUUCUACUUCAUGAACGUCGUGAUCGACACCACACUCGGUGUGUAUAUCGCGUAUUUAUUGCUGCAACUGUCCACUCUCGUUGCAGUGCGACAGCAGUGGACUAGUCUACGUUGCCACGGCUACUACGGCUCGCCGCCAUCGUGGCGCGUCUGGUGGAUGCAGCUGUUGCAAUGGUGCACCAUCCUGAUUGUCAUGAAGUUUUUCGUUGGUGUGGUGCUCUACGCCUUCUCGACGCCGCUGGGGUGGAUGGGUUCACUACUGUUCUACCCCGUACACAAUCACCCCAAGAUCGAGUUGCUUAUCGUCAUGAUCGGCUGUCCGCUGGUCAUGAACAUGGUGCAAUUCUGGAUCCAGGACAGCUUUUUGAUGGACCACGAGCAGCAGAACAGCGAGGAAAUGCCGCUGCUGGACCCGUCGACAUCGGAGAAGCAACGCGGCCUGUCGAGUGUCUCCAGCGCAGCCGAUAUGUACGAGAUUCUGUAGUUGCGUCGUGCGUUUACAUGAAGUCUGCGUGGAACCUGCAAGUAUUAACGAAUCUUUGGUGUCUGUGUGUAGGCGAACGCACCCCCGAGAUGUCAUCGUGCGCAUCGGAUGAGCUCAUAACGAUAGCGCGGAGAAAGCGAGCGUUAGCGUUGGGUAAUUCUUCAUAUAUAUCAACAUGUCUUGCCAGCACGUCGUGGAGUACAAUGCAGUGAGUAUGGUCGCGUCAUCGCCGUCGAGCUCGUCGUCCAUCUCCAGUUUCAUCGACAGCAGCUCGGUGUCAUCGAAUUGCACGGUACUGAGACUUCCGCAAGUGGUACAGCCCGAUACCACAGUCUCUAGAAGCUCACAGCGAUUGGUAGUGCUCGAGUUGGUCUUGCAAGGACUGGAUGAGCUGCUGCGAGCGCUGACGUAGACGAGUGGCUGAAAUGCGUUUUUUUUUCUUUCUUUAAGCGCCUCAAGUCGUUGGCACUUAGCUUUGCUCUCACCCAAGGAGGUAGUUUAAUAGGCUCGCGUUUCCUACGCUUGCGGAUAUCGUUCUCGCCCUUCGACGGGAAGAUAAUCGGUGCCACAGUCAUCGUGGACUCGGUUCUUAACGGAGAAGCAGGCGCAGACGCAUGAGAUGGCGCCAUUUCGACCACGUUUAAGUCGCCGCCGCCUCGGAUUUAGCAGCCAUAGUCGGUGUCACGCAAUUGAUCUUCCGCGUUGACGUAACGAGCGAGGCUUUUCAUCUGGCUUAGAGACAACCUCUAGCACACAGCGGCUAGCAGUGCAGCGUUCUGUGCGCUCUCCAGUGUUGCGGAGAAUGGUGAGGGCCUUGGCAGCGUCCAUACCCGUGUUAGUGAGGCACGACUGGUUUAUUAUUAUGUUCAAUAUAGAUUUUUUUUUU